UUCUUUCAAUUCAUAGUUUUUUUGCUGCUGGAAACGAAGGAUUUUAUUGCAAAAACAUUCAUUUAAAUCAGCUAUUUUAUAUCGCCUUGUGUACAAGACGGUACAGGUUAUCUGGUAAAAUGUACCUUUAAGUCAUGCUUCGGGUUGCCAACCGUCGCAAGGAAGUAAAAUAAACUUAUUUGAAAAUACAUUUAAAGACACAACUCAAUUCAUGGAAAGCCAGUGGAAUACAAAAUUAUAUACAGAUAAUACUAUUGUCUUGUGAACACGUAAUUUAUAAUUUUUAAAAUAUUGAGAACAAUUGGCUUGUGAUUUACGCGAUUAGAUUGACAUCAGCAAGGUUGGAAUAACAGAUCAUUUAGUGCGUCUUUUGUAUCCUUAUUAGUGCUUUAGACUUACAAUGAUCUCAACGGGUUGAACAUUGAACUAGAAGGACAUUAUGACAUCCCAAUUGGACCAAAUGGACAUGGACCUUGUAUCUUCCCAAGAGUCGGUUGGCGAACCAUCGCGCAAAAAACCUCGUUUGGACGACAAUUAUUUGAAUUAUUCUACGUGGGAUGCAGAUAAAGUUGCUAAAAAGCUUAAGCAAAACGAUCUGAAGGAAGCUGCUGAGUGUUUUCGUAAGGAAGGUAUAACAGGCGAUACGUUAAUACAGCUUGAAGACAACGAUUUUAAAAAGUUGGGAAUCACGGACUGGAACCAAAUAGUGAAAUUACGGAAGUUUAUUCGGGAAGUAAAGACACCUGCUAUUCAUUUUUUUGGACAAAAGGUGUUCAACGACCCAAUACACGGCCAUAUAGAACUACAUCCACUGUGUGUUAAGAUCCUCGACACUCCGGAAUUCCAGCGGCUUCGAUUCAUAAAACAACUCGGCACCUGCUAUUUUGUUUACCCAGGGGCUGCCCACAACAGAUUUGAGCAUAGCUUGGGGGUGUGCCAUUUAGCAGGUCAACUUCUUCGCGCGAUACGCCAACGUCAACCAGAACUGGACAUAACAGACGUUGAUGUUCUCUGUGUUGAAAUAGCAGGCUUGUGUCAUGACCUUGAAACAAGCUCACAUGAAGAUAUAUCGAUAAAGAUGUUCCGUUACCUCGUGAAAGAGAACCAAUUGAGGGCAGAAUUUGGGAAAUACGACCUGAAAAAUGAUGACAUAACCUUCAUAGAGGAGAUGAUCGCCGGGCAUAAGCAUUGUUGCGAAAAGGUAUGGUCGCUACAAGGAAGAUCAAAGGAUAAAAGCUUCUUGUACGAGAUCGUUGCCAAUAAGCGAAAUGGAAUUGAUGUAGACAAGUGGGACUACUUUGCACGUGACUGCCUCAUGCUUGGAAUCAGGAACAAUUUUGACUACACUCGCUUCAUACAUUUUGCACGUGUUUUGGAAGUAAAGAAGAAAGAAAAUAACGAAGUACAUACGGAAUAUCAAAUCUGUACUCGAGAUAAGGAUUCCGAGACACUAUAUGACAUGUUCCAUAUACGUCAGACGUUACAUCGCAUUGCUUAUAGCCACAAAACAUCGAACAUCAUUCAAAAAAUGGUGACUGAUGCGUUCGUAAAAGCCAAUGACCAUAUCAAGUUUGUUGGAGAAAAGGGUGUGGAGAAGAAGAUGUCAGAGGCCGUCGAUGACAUGAAAGCCUUCAGUCAGAUGACAGAUCACGUGUUCAAUCUGAUACUAAAUUCAACGGACCCAAACCUGAAGGAAUCAAGGGACAUUUUAACAAACGUUUUGAAGCGCAAAUUGUACAAGUGUGUGGGACAAACACAAGCAAAGGGAGAACAAAUGAAAAAAGAGGAAGACAAACAACAAAUGAUCAAAGAGAUGCACGAGCAUAUGGACAAAGAUGAGUACGAAUAUUCCCCAUUGAAAAGUUUGAGCGACCAUGGCAUUGUUUUCCUGUUUGUAGAUUUAGACCAUGGUAUGAACGAGAAAAAUCCCAUUGAGAAUACGAUGUUUUAUUGUAAGAAUAGUCCGAACGAAGCUUUCAAUAUUCGUCGAGAUCAGGAAUCGAACUUUCUGCCCGUACUGUUCAAGGAACAGGCAAUUCGUGUUUACUCAAAGGCGGAUGACAAGCGCUCCCAGAAAAUGGUUAGGAAGGCUUUUGUCCGUUGGUGUGAAAAACACAAAUAUCCAACACCAAAGGGUGAACAGGCCGACAAGAAACCCACACAGCCGGCAAAUAAAACGGGAAAUGAUUGGCAACACGAUUGGAGCAGUUCUACACAGAUCAAACAAGAACCAGAUGUUUAAAAAACAACGCAGCUAUCAAAUAUAAACACGUGCCAAGGCAAGGCAUCUAUCUAUGGGUUUUAUUCACGGGGAUAAAUACAAUCUCGACAAUUUGUUGUUAACCUUAUUCACAGCCCAAAAGCUUGAAACAAUAUCAAUUUCCCGAGCCAAUUCAAUUUCACUGUUUGCAGUUUCAAUGGAAUCUGUCGCGAUCCACCUGUCUAUAAUGUCACAAAUGCAUGCCGCCACAAAAUAAACCCCUUUUCAGGUUUUUUUUUGGAAUCCGGAACGCCUCACCCGCUGUUUUAAAUCUCAUAUAAGUUUUCCGCCAUAAAAACAACCCCUUUUCAGGGUGUAUUUGGAAACUAGAACGCUACACCCGCUGUCUUAUAAAUGCAUACCGUCAUAAAAAACAACCCCUUAACAUGCUUUAUUUGGAAACUGGAACGCUACCUUGGCUGUCUUAUAAAUGCAUCCCGUCAAAAAAAAACAACCCCUUAACAUGGUUUAUUUGAAAACUGGAACGCUACCUUGGCUGUCUUAUAAAUGCAUCCCGUCAUAAAAAAACAACCCCUUAACAUGGUUUAUUUGGAGACUGGAACGCUACCUUGGCUGUCUUAUAAAUGCAUCCCGUCAUAAAAAACAACCCCUUAACAUAGUUUAUUUGGAAACUGGAACGCUACCUUGGCUGUCUUAUAAAUGCAUCCCGUCAUAAAAAAAACAACCUUUUAACAUGGUUUAUUUAAAAACUGGAACGCUACCUUGGCUGUCUUAUAAAUGCAUCCCGUCAUAAAAAAACAACCCCUUAACAUAGUUUAUUUGGAAACUGGAACGCUACCUUGGCUGUCUUAUAAAUGCAUCCCGUCAUAAAAAACAACCCCUUAACAUAGUUUAUUUGGAAACUGGAACGCUACCUUGGCUGUCUUAUAAAUGCAUCCCGUCAUAAAAAACAACCCCUUAACAUAGUUUAUUUGGAAACUGGAACGCUACCUUGGCUGUCUUAUAAAUGCAUCCCGUCAUAAAAAACGACCCCUUAACAUAGUUUAUUUGGAAACUGGAACGCUACCUUGGCUGUCUUAUAAAUGCAUCCCGUCAUAAAAAACAACCCCUUAACAUGGUUUAUUUGGAAACUGAAACGCUACCUUGGCUGUCUUAUAAAUGCAUCCCGUCAUAAAAAACAACCCCUUAACAUAGUUUAUUUGAAAACUGGAACGCUACCUUGGCUGUCUUAUAAAUGCAUCCCGUCAUAAAAAACAACCCCUUAACAUAGUUUAUUUGGAACUGGAACGCUACCUUGGCUCUCUUAUAAAUGCAUCCCGUCAUAAAAAAACAACCCCUUAACAUGGUUUAUUUGGAAACUGAAACGCUACCUUGGCUGUCUUAUAAAUGCAUCCCGUCAUAAAAAAACAACCCCUUAACAUGGUUUAUUUGAAAACUGGAACGCUACCUUCACUGUCUAAAAUCGCAUCAAGCAUGCCACCACAAAAACAACCCUAUUUCCAAGGCUAAUUUGAAAAAAGGAACGGAACACAACUGCUGUUGUUAUUUACGCUUUUAGACUUUACGUUGUUUUUAUCUAAUUUGCUAAAUGUUUGCUUUUACAAUAGAACAUUAAUUUAUACGAUAUAUUUUGGGAUAUACACAUGCAGUUAGAAACUGUGUUUUUCUUUGACUGUUUGUUGAUUUUUUUAUUCUAUCGCUUGAGUGUUGUCGUCCUUUUUGUCUUCGUCGAUAUGCAAUCAAUCAUUUGACUACGACUUGAAAACCAUUACAGAUAUUUUAAAUAUAUAACUUGGAAUAUAUGUGGCUGCUUUGGCAAUGCGCACAUACUGUGUAAGAAUCACAAAUAUGGUAAAAAUAUUUGUCAAACGUGUUUUCUUUUGUAAAAUUAGAACACCGGAUCGGUUACAACAAUAUGUGACGACAUAAGUACAACUGUUAAUAAACAUGUGUGUCUCAAUUACAUUCAUUGUGCUUCAUUAAAUGUACAUGUGUUUGGUCUGCGAGUGUUCCAGCUAUUUGUAUAUCUAAUGUUGAAAUGUCUUGUAUUCUAUAUGUAUUAAAAUUAUGUUCUAAAUGUUGAUUUACGAAGUUGAAUUACGCUUUGUGUAAAACAAUUGAUUUGAAAAUGAAAUGUUUGUAAUCAUUUGAUGUAUACUGCUUAUUGAAAUUAACAGCCUAGUUUUAGCUUGGAAAAAUGAUUGUGGCAGUCCAAAACAUUUUCCGUUUUACUUUAUGUAUUAAUAUAUACAUGUUUGUACUGAUUCUAAUACUUGACCUCUUUAUUACUCUGUAUGCAGCAAAAUGUGACCAUGUAGACAUAUGAUAUAGGAAUAUAGUUUUUAUGUAUAUCUAUAGUUUCUUCCUACGAUAUCGGUUCUAUUUUUUCCCAAAUAUAUCAUUUUAUGAAUACAAAGUUAUUUUAUAUUUGAUUAAUUAUAGUUUCUUUCGACUUUGAUCAUUUUUGAUAAAUUAAUAGUUAAAUAUUUUCAUCCGAUGAAUUUAAUUGGUUAAAUUUCUCCAUCAGGCUCAUAUGAGUUUGGUUUAAUGCUUGAAACAGGGGACUUUGAUGGGUUAAAUCCCCACUAGAAGAAUUUGUUUUAUAAAAUCCAUUCACUAGAAAACUCUGUUUUGUUAAUCUCUCUACUAGAAAGUUUACGUCAAGUUUAAUAAAUGGAAAGCUGUAAGAAAGUGGUAAAAAGGUUUGAACAUCGUUGUUUACUUGUCUAUGCCUCAUUGGUAGAAUGGGAUAUGUUGUCUGACGGGAGCCUCCGUCCAUCAUUGUCGAAGUCUUAUUUUACGCGACAUUUAGAUGCAAAUAUUUUCAUAUAAAUCCAAUACAUAUUUGAAACAUAAACUGAAAAUAGUAAAAUCUAUCUAUAUUCCAUGGUUUCCAUCAAUUUCUUCUACUAGUGUUUGAAGUCUGCUCCGGACAAACUUUUGUCGUAGAAAAAGAGUUAAAUGAUUCUGGUACGGUGAGGUUUAUUUUUUAUUUUGUAAUUGUUAACAAAUGCUUUGACAAAUAUGUGGAAAUGACCAUCUAGUUUAAACCCCCAGUACACUCGUGUUUCAUUGAACUUGUAUAUCACUGAUUACUCCGCGGUUAUCCAAUCAUUUAUCGGUAAAUCUAUUUCAAUGCGUUUAGGGGUUGGUUUGGUGUGUGUUGUUGUGUCAUGUUGUGUAAAAGUAUGUGUCGCUAGUUUAGUAAUAGAUACAGUACGAGGUUUUCUUGAUAAGUGUCCUCUUACAGACGUAAGAAUUCGUUUCGCUAUAACGAACACCAAUUUUGUCAGAGGCGAAGCCGAGUUGCCUUGUGCAUUUUAACAGAGUUUAAUUUAUAUUCUGACUACUGGUUUUGUCUCUGUAGUUUUAUUGUGUCAAUGAUACUGGUAAUUUGGCCAUAAAUGCUAUACCGUAAGUCUUUAUUUAUUAAGGAAGGCAAAUUUGCCAUAUCGAGUGCAAACAACGGGCGAUCAUCAGAUUUCUUUACAUUUAAACAACCUAACAAAGGCAUUGUUUUGUCUUCUUGGCAUCAAAUAUCUGUAUUUAUUUUGUUUAAAUUGUGAUAUCAGUUUAUGAAUUAAGUUAAGUUAAGUUAGCUUAUCAAUCAGAAUAUUAUUUUUACUUUUAAUUGAGUUGCAGACGUCGUAUAUUAAACAUUAAAUUUUGUUAUCCCACUACUAAAGCAGUCGUAAAAGUGUUUAUGAUAUCCUUGGCUUUGAUGACAAUAUAUUCGACUUUCGUCAUAAAGACUUUAAAUGUAAAGGAGCUGUACAUACAUAUAAGUUUUAACACUGGUAUGGUACGUAUCGGUACUUAUUUGGAAAAUGUCUCAUUUCUGAUACCAGUUUUAGUUGAAACGGGAGUCAAACCCGUAUAUUUGUUAAUA